AUGUCGCACAGUCAUGAAUCCCAAGGCUCUUGUUUGCCAGCCAGAUUGGUUGAAAAGGGCCUACCGGAGCUGCCCAAGGUCACGAUUGAGAGCCCCCAACAGCCUGGCCGGACAGACACUGAGCCGUGCCCGAGCCCUACUGUGCGGAAAUACGACGGGCUGAGGACGUCUCCGCGAAAUGCCAGACAUCGUAUUCCUCAAUUCCAGCAAUCAAAACGAUGGGCAAAGAUGCAUAGCUCCAAUCAAUCAGUUCCACCUCUUCCACCGCCCAAAGCUCCUGUGCCUCCUGGGGACCAGCGAGAGGAAGAUAACGAUGACAGGAUCCUAACAAUGAGGGAGGUGUCAUUCGAACAACAGCGCGCACAGUUGAAGAAGCCUGUCGUCCGAAGAUCAAAUGUUGACAGGCCUCGACGUUCACGGCUUGUCAGUCGGAGCAGUUCUACUUUGCAGGACGAAGGUCUCUGUCGAUCUAGCCCGACCCAGUAUUGGAAGACUGUCAAAGCAACCGUGGCCAAGACUCCUCAUAGAAGCUCCAGGAAGUGCUUCGGGAAACGACCACUAAACCGGAGGGUGGCACCGGCCAAACAUCGAGAUACAAAGAGCGGACGGACAGCAGACAGGGUUCCAGUUCCUGCCAAAGUGCGAGGUGGCAACAAGGGGCUACAAGCGCACGUUGCUACAGCGCGGCAGACCCCUGCCUUGCCUGAUACCGUGGCUGUGGUUGAACCGUCCACUCAUUCAGCCGGCCAUCCUGAGGAGCGAGACGAUUCUAAAAUCCUGCAAUCAACUUCGCCAAUCCCGUCGCUCCACGAUCCCGAAAAAGAUAGCAGAUUCUCCGAAGAGUGCAUGGCGAUCUUAAACUCCGUGGACUUUAACCGAGAUUGGUUGUUGCCAGCCGCAUCAGUGUUGCCAGCAGUGGGCAAAAUGCAUGAGGAUGAACGGUUCUCGGUGCAGCAACACACAGAGGUACCUGAAUACCAUAAUCAGGAGAUCUCCAUACAGGAUGCCCUUGCAUGUGCGCCUUCUCGGACAGUGGGCGGGCCAAGGUCAAUCCCGGCUAUCACUCUCACGACAACAGCAUCCAAUAACACUACCCCUCGAAGGCCUCAGCCGCCUGCAAGAGGUUCCAGCAAGGCUUUGGCUAGCCUAGUAGAUAUGCAGACGUCAAAAUCACCAGACUUCCCAAAAGUUUCGGAAACCAAUAGUGAUCCUUCAACAAGUGCCCAGGGACAGUUAUACACAGAUACACCUGGGACGCAAUUCUCAAGCCAGUCACGCUGGCUGCUUCGCAUGCCUUCGGUGGCAUCUACUACUGGUCAGCCUGCCUUGAGUCCUAGGUCGGCGAUGAGCACCGAUACUAUGACGAGAAUCGAGGCUCAAGUCCGAGGCAUUUCAUAUGUUGUCUCCCACCCAGAACCGAAGACAAUCACUCUCUCUAGCUCCGAAACAAGGAGUGAUGGACCCACAAGUAUACCUCCCGAACGUCCACUGCCAGCUUUACCAGCCGAAGCAAAGUGGGAGACUGAAACCACUCAACACAGCGCUUCCACGGAGAGUCGGCGUGGUAGCAAAGAAAAGUCAAAUAUGCAAGCACAGCCACCUCAAUUGGAGUCAGCUAUUCAGCUCCUGCGCAGUUCAUGGCAGUCUAGUCCUCCAGUGUCACCGAUGCCACAGGCUAAGCAAAGGACCGACGGAAGACAUUCGGCAGAUCUAGUAUCGUUGAGUUCUCUCAGGAGAGAAGCAUCACGGAGUUCGUUAUCGUCAUCUCGUUCCUUCAACCGUCACACAAUUUCUGGCCCCCGAGCAGAUAGAGUCAGAGAAAAACGAAUGCGGGAUCUUGCCAGUUCAAGGAGCCAUUCGCCAAAGUCUGACUGUGCCGGAAGUAUUGAGGCAGCCAAUCACCGGACUAUAUUACCCGCGGUGACCGAUGAUGAUGUCCCUGGCUCUCCUGAGCAACUAGCGGAUCAGCUGGAUCAAUUUCCAGCUGUCCCGAGUUCUAGGCCCCCGAGUCUACCCAACAUAUUCAGUCAUGCUCCUCAUAUUCGCCGACAGAGCAGUACCAGCCAGACCAGUCCUGUACGUCAAUCUUCGAAAUCAAAACAUCGUCGAAAUAGUCGACCUGUCCAACAUCUUUCUCAAAGCAACAUAUUUGUCGUCGUUGAUUCCGAUCCUGUCACCGCCCGGUUUCGAGCGGGCGCCAUGAGUCCGAGUCCAAGCAUCGGGGGUGGGCAUGGCCGUAGUGGGAGUCAGUAUCAGAAGCAUACGCGGACCGGUUCAAAUCUCAAAGAGGUGACGACAAGCAACCAGAGCCCUGUAAGAAGCCUGAAACAGAAGACCAGUCUUCGUAGUCUGAAAGGAGGAGACGAUUCUACAUCUGUCCAAUCCAGUCCCGGUAAGGCGAGAGAGACUAAACGAGCAACAAGAACCGGCAAUGGGCGACCGAGCAGCUCCAGUGACGAAUCCCAGCAACGGGGGCCUCGAUCGCCGAAAAAGACAUCAUCGAGGCCACAGAAGCGCCGAAGAUGGAACAGCAAUGACAUCGGCCUGAUCAAGGUUUUGCACGAAGAUCUCGAGGAAUACUACGGAACAAUCUUGAAGCAGGAAGAGAAGAUCAAGUGGCAAGCCAACCAGAUUCACAUGAUUGUCAGGGUCCUCGAACCCAUCAAUCGUGCCAGAGGAGUCAAAACGUUCUCUUACAGUGGUACUGAUGAAUCGGCCUCCUGUACCACGACAGAUGAAGAGACUCCCACCAGCCACACUGUGAUUGAAAAGAACUCUGCAGGGACGAACCUUCCCACGCGGAAUACUCCCAGCUCGGGCCUACCGGUCCAAAGGACAGAAGGUGACAAUCCCAUCGAACACGGGCAUUACAGGUCAAACAGCACAGGCAACGCUAGCAUGGCUUCUACUACGGGCUCUAUAUCGACCGAUAUGAGCAAUGCCCUUAGAGACGACGCCUCAAUGACUGACCCCCAUGAAUACGACCCACCUUCUUCUGCGACCUUGAAGCCGGCUCCACUGAGUUCUUCUAAGAAAACCAAUGCCCAAACCCCAGUCAGCCGGGGUCACAGUGAUGCCAAUACUGCCAGCAUCCCGGUAUUGCGCCAACCUCCACCAGUGGCCAAGAUCAUUCCGCGAGGAAAACUACGAGAGGAGCACCUAGAGUUGUUGAGUCCUGGUAGCCAGCAUGGUCCUAAAGCCAACGCAGCAACCGAGGUCUACCAAUCUUUAGGUUUGAACCAUAGUGAUAUAGGUGACGACAACGACGAUGACAAAGACCAACAACAGAACCAACAACAACUCGCCCACGAAGUUGCGCGCCUGAGCGUCAAUCAUGUACUCACCAGUACUGAGGAGAUGGAUCGGGCCAUUGAGCAGUUGACCAUGUAUGGCUGA